AUGUCUUAAGAAGAGGUAGUUGCAUGUGAUUAAUGUAAAUAAGUGCCAGAUAAUUACUUAAGUCUAAAUUGUAAUCAUUGUUUCUGCUUAAUUUGUAUGGCUCAAAGCUUUUUGAAAGUAUUUAAAUUGAAAAUAAAAGGGUGGAAGAAUCUUCAAAUUAGAGGGAACAGAUAAUAUUCAUUACAUAUGUACAGUAUGUGAAAAAGAUACUCCAUUAGAUGAAGGAUCAGUAUCAGUAGUUGAGAGUAUCUGUCAUCAAUUGAUUCAAAGUAGUCUAGAGAAGGUUAGAGAAGAUAAAAAUAAUACUAAAGAAGAAAAACAUAUAGAAUAAAGUUAGAUAAUAGUAUAGCCAAAGUGUGAGAUUCAUACUAAGGAAGAUGCAACAUUAUUUUGUUUCACUUGUGAGAAUAAAUGUUUUUGUAUAAAAUGCUUAUUAAGACAUGAUAAUAAGACACAUGAGAUUUAGAAUGUAAAUAGCUGUCUAAAGAGAUUAAAAAGUAAAAUGAAUGAUGCCACUCAUACAAUAGGGGCAUCUUUAGAAUUAAUGCAAUUGCAAUUAAAAAGAGUAUAAGAUCAACAUUGUACGUUACAAGAAGAGAUGGAUUAUCUUAUGUAGAGAGUUUAAGAAUAGUUCCAUUCAUUAUAUUAAGUGAUUUAAAAUAAAGAGAAGGAGAUUCUAACUUAAUUAGAGAAUCUUAAAGAGGUUUAAGAACAAUAGACUGAAAAAAUGCUCAAUGAUAUUCAGUUGAAAAUUAACAGUCUAACUUAAUUAAGAAGUGAUUUUGAGAAUAUUGGUUUAAGUGAAUCAUUAUAACCUUCAGUUAGUAUUCUUAAUUAUUAUUCUGGAUGCAAACAAAUAAUGUAAAAAGUAAUAGGACAAAUGAGUUUUAGUGACAUUUUUAGUACAGUGAAAUAUUUCCCUGAUAAUGGUAAUUCAUUAUUUGUUAUGAAGAUUAAUUUUUUAGAUAUGAUGAGUUUGAACUGAAGAUACAAAAUUUAAAGGCUUAAAUAGAUAGAUUCUUUACUUAAUAAAGAUCAAUUUCAUAACAUGAAAAAUAAAGUAGAAUUUCAUAAAAAUCAGCUAUUAUUGAUUAAUUAUAUCUUAGUUAGAGAUGUCAUACCUAAAUGGAUGAAAGUACUGAUAGUUUUAAAUCUCAUUAAGUAUCUACUUAUUCAAAAAUUAAUACUCCAAUCAAUAAUUAAAGAAAUCUAUAGGCUAAAGUUGAAGAAAUUAAAUAAUUAUAUUCAGAUAGAGUUAAGACUUAAUAAAAAUUAUAAAAACAGUAAGAAAAUAGUCUUAACAAUAUUCAAAGAUCCUUUUCUGAAUUAGCUAGUUUUAAAAAAUAGACUGCUCUAAGUGCACUAAGAUUAUAGUAAGGAUUAUUCGAUUCAAGAGUAACAAAAAAAUAAUAAUAAUCUUAGUAGUAAUAGAUUUAAGAAUCAUAGCAGAUUUAAAAAUGA